AACAUUGCUGACCUGUAGCAGGAAAACAUUUCCUUAGAACCAAUAGCAGUUAGGAAAAUGUGUUGCCUAAGUUGGUGAACCUGAACUCCAAGAUUUUGCGGGUAAAUGGGAACACGAGACAAUUUGUUUUACGAGUGGUCGAAUAAUGGCUACACAAACGAGGUUAUUUACGUUGUUAGGGUCGAAAUUAGGCUUGCAGUCUGAAGUCGUUGUAAAGAAAGGUCGUGAAUUACAUCGACUAUUGCAGCUGAAAACUAGUGCAAAUGUUAUGAACAUCAGUGAAACCUGCCAAAUUGUCGUAUGUCUCGAUUUAGCAGCUUCGGUAAUAGGGGUCCCAUUUGAAAAGCUUGAUGCCAUAAGGCUGGCAGGUGUUACUAAAAAAAUUUACACGUCUUUUCGUCACACAGUCGAAAAGUUAUUAGGUAUAGGUAAAUGCAUUACCAUCAAGGAUCUGUGUCUUCAGUUUGGUGUUAGUGAGGCAAUGCCAUUGGCACAGAAGCUAUUGGAAAAAUAUGUAAGUGAAGAUGCUCGUGGGAUGGUGGAAGAUCUCAAUCAUCCCAUGUAUAAUGUUGCAGCAGUCAUCACAGCUUGCAAGCACUGCAAGCUGAAAGUGGACCGUGUAAAGCUAAUAGAUAUGAGCCAUAUCCAGAAAUCUGCGUUCCUGAAACUUGCAAGCACUUUUGAGAAAUAUGCAAAACAACUUAAUCCCAACCCAAAGUUUUCAUCAUGCAGUGUUGAAGUAGAUGAAUAUAAGCCAGCAAGUCUGCUGAAGAAGAUGGAAAUCUUAACAAAGGACUCAAAGAUGCCAUCUUCAAGGAGUACACUGUCUGCUACCUCCAAUUUACAAAGUUAUGAGGAUUGGAAGAGAAGUAUACUUGAAGACUGCAAUAAUGUGGAAUCCUGAAGGAACCAUAUUGGACCAACUGUCAUUUAUGGAAGUCUUUCACCUAAACUGGAGUCUUUCAUUUCUUACUUGUCUUGUCACACUCUGUGCUAAUUUUGCAGAUGAUUGAACAUCAGAUGGCAGACUUUUGUAUAUGGAAGUCCAUUAUAAUUUAUUGCCAAAAUGAAUAAUGUAUGAACUAAAAUGUAUUAUUGAAAUAUAAUUAAUGAGAUAUGAGAAGGUACUUCCUAGUAAAGUGGAUUUUUACAAGUAAACAGCUAUAUUAGUUAUUAUUCUGAAUAUUGAUGUAUUGUGUAGUUUGACAAUUGGCAACAUGAACUUGAAAAUAGACAUUCCUUGAAUGAAGCCAAGAGCAUGAAAAUUAUGAGCUGUAAGAUCUUGUAUGUAGUUUUUAUCAUGUAACGAAAUAAAGUUUCUGCCUCUA